AUGGGUAGUGGUGAGACGGCCCCGCCGUCAAAAGUGCCACCAAAGGCGUCGUCAGCGCAGGUAAAGUCUUAUCGCUUAGAGGUGGCCUAUAUAGUGGUUUGGAUACGGUUCCUGAGUGUUGUUAUUACUGAGUAUGUGCAGGAGCAGACUCCGGCCACCUCCUCCAGCCCCGUCACCACUGCCACCUCCUCCGCAGCUGUUGUCUACCCCGACUGGAGUGGAUUUCAGGUAAAUCAUUUCAGGAAGCUAAUUUUUUUCGAAUUGAACUCAGAGAACUGUUGCUGGCCGUUGCAACUUUCUCGAGGUGGAAAUAAUUUAUCUUAUUCCCUCUGACAUAUGAAAUUGUCCUUCUGGUAGGCGUAUUCUCCUGUUCCUCCGCAUGGAUUCUUUCCUCCGGUGGUAUCCAGUCCUCAAACACAUCCGUACAUGUGGGGGACACAGGUAAAGCUGAUCAUAUUUUCUGGCUAUACCUUAAGAAACCUAUUUUGAGCAGCUGUUUACUCCUUUGUGUAAAAUUUCGUGAUGAGUGAAUGUGCAUAUCCAAGUUUUGUCCACGGAGUAGACUUAAGUGAUACUUAGAACUCUAGACAACGGCAGGUGCGUAAGUAUGGCUCUGACUGUUUUUUGGAUGCAAGUUUAUAAGAAGCUAGUGUGGAAAAUACUAAUGCCCGACAUAGGACUCCAAUUGUGUGCAGGUUUCAUUCAUUGAUUUGAGACAGUUGCUGCCGAAAAGUCGGAAUUUUGUAUUGGAAGUGCAUUCUAAGGGUCCAUGCAUAUCUUUAUUUCUUACAUUUACGUGAUAAAAAGCUAUUUUAAAUUCAGUUAAGUAAAUACUGGAGAAUGAGUACAUUUAGGGCUCUAGGAGAAGUAUGGAAAAGGAUUGCCUUUUGUUUUUAUGUCCUUUUUAAAUACUAUGUUGCAUAUAAACCAAGUAUAUCACAUUUGUAACCUACUAAAAGUAUUAAACUUGUCAAUACUUUUUUAUGUUUUUGAAUGAGAAUCAACUGUUAAGAGAACUGCCACAAAAAAAGUCCUGUAAAUAUGUUGGAGACUUGGAAGAGCACGUCUCUAUUUCUCUCUUUGCGUAUACAUGCAUACAUACAAACACACAUACGUGCAGACCUGCGUACAUACGCACAUACAUCUUUCUAUGUAUGUCCAUAUUCCUUUACAUGUGUAUACAUAUUCAUAUACAGCACACCUGCAUCCUAAUGUUUUUAGUUAUUUAUUUGUUACACCCAAGCCAUAGGUGUUCUUUUCAACGUCCUGAAAAUCGUAGCCUUGUGGAACACAUGGUUUGUCCUGAAGGGUUUCCUUUUAACAGAACAUGAUGACUCCAUAUGGCACGCCACCACCGCCCUUUGUUAUGUACCCUCAUGCAGGAGUAUAUGUUCAUCCAUCUGUGCCACCGGUAAUUCUCCAACUAAAAUGCACUUGAAUCUGCUGGUAAGAUCAGGUCUUUUUUUUCUUAUUUUUUUAAUAUAACUGAGUGCUAUUGGAAUCAAACUUUUGCAUCAGGGUGCCCAUCCAUUUAAUCCUUAUGCAGUGCCUUCACCAGGUGGCAAUCCAGAGGCUUUUGUGAGUUUCCACAACUAGGAUUGCUUCUGCACAUGUACUUUAUUUGUAUAUUCUUUUGCAUUCUUGAUAAUAGUGUUGAAUCCAUGAAAACUGAAUAUCUGUUAGAGUGCUGGACCCGAAGUGGAUGGCAAAUCAUCGGAAGGUAAGGAGGGAAGCAACUUGAAGCGAUCAAAUGGGAGUCUAGGCAAUUUGAAUUCAAUAGCUGGAAAGAGCACCAAAGAGACUGGCAAACCAUCUGGCGCAUCAGCCAAUGGAGGUUUUUCUCAAAGGUUAUCCAUACGUUUGUUAAUUUUUUUUAUGAUAUUUCACUUUUUUAAUCAGUAUAUCUGCCUGUUUUUGACGAUAAUGCUGUUGGUAACUUUAAACAAAACUACAACAGUGAUAGCGGCAGUGAAGGAUCAAGUGAAGGGAGUGAUGCUGACUCUCAAAAUGUAAGCUACCUUUCUUCAGUUCCUUUAAUAUGUUAAGCUGAAUUUCUCGCGUCAUUAUUUAAAUAGGAAAUCUUUGUUGCUUACAAUGACCUUGGUUGACAGCCAUUAUUUGUGGGACUUCUUUGACUUACAGAUACUCGUGCUAGUUGUGAAUUUUGGAUAUUCACCCGUUAAUGAUUCUAUCUUUUUCUUCUCCUUCUUGGUUGAAACCCAUCAAUGUUGUUUCUGAACUAGACCUGACCAAAACUUAUAUGGCACCUGAAUCCUAUUUUGAAUUCCUUUUUGUGGUGAAGGAUAAUUUAUUAUGGUUAAAUUUGCCUGCUUUUACCCUUUAGUGAACUACACCUGCUUUUACCCGUUAAUAAAAAAAUUCUCGACAUUUCCUACUGGUUUUAUGUUUUGUGCAACUCAACAGGCUACAAAUCAUUUCGCUCUUCUAUGGUGAGAGUGGCUUCUCCAUGAUUGCAGGGAACUUGUAGGCGUUUCUUUAUAGAGCAUUAAAAUUCCACUCCUAUUUUCCUUUUCUUGUUCUUUUCCCUCCUGUGUCACUUGCUUAGGGGGUCGUGGUUGCUAGCGGAUGAAAAUCUAAGUUCCGGAUAUCCCUAUUACAUAGAAUAUAUCCAAGUUGCAUCUUUUCACAAUCUAUUAAUGAAGUCUUUCACAUUGGCCUUAAGUCAGGUGUCGCAUGUUUUCUUGCCGGAUUUCUUCCCGAUCUUUUUUCAUUCCCAUGGCUGAGGGACAUAAGGAUGAAUGGCAUUGGUGUGCGGAAAAUUAUUUCUAUGGUGUGUUUAACCUGGAAAUGGGCAUGUGGAAGAUGCAAAUUUGUGUAGGUUGGAGGGGUUACUUCUCUUUUAACAUUUUGACCAUGUGGUAGAGGUGACGGUUUGGAUUAGCCAUCAUUCUGUUUCUUAGUAUCUUGUCUAUAAUGUGUAUGGCGUGGGAUUGCUUUGUAUGGUUAUUCCUUUUGUGACUGAGAUUAUUGACGAGGCUUUCAACUCCAGGGCACAAAGCUCUCCCUACAAGUGGAUCUGUUUUUAUACAUUUUCUUGACUUAGGACUAUUGAUGAGUAUUUUUUUGUUUAUCCUCACGGUCAUUUAUAGAUAACAUACAGCGUUGUCUAUAAAAUCAAAUUGAGCGGUUGUAUCUAGAAAAAUCUCUUUAACAAUUAGUGCCCACCUCAAAUGGCUUCCAUUCAUCAUUUCUUGGAAUAAUCAUGACCCAUUUCUCCUGCAAUUUAAAGGUGCUUCAUUUUCAAUUUCAAGGCGUAGAAAUUUGCAUCAUUCGCGCUUGCUACUUUUGGUAGAUCUGUGCCUGGGAGACUUAACUGAGUUAUCUGAACUAUUUUUAAAAACUUUCUAUCAAUGUCUUAAAUUAUUGGUUAAUCACGGUGAUAUAUUUUUUUUUGCUUGGACUGUUGCUUCUGUGAGCGCUGAAGUCCUGUGUGUAUUUGGUGACUUUGUACAGGACUCACAAGGGAAGACAGCUGGUGGUGAGGAUUCAGUUGAUGGUAGCUAUUGAAAUAGUUUUUCCCUUUCAUAAUUUUGGAAACAUCUAAGAUUAGACAUACUGUUGUUCUCAGUCAGGGCUUCACGAAAUGGUGGUACUACUCGUGGCUCUCAGAAUGGAUCCGCUCGUGCACCUGCACACGGACCAGUGACUCAGCCAAUGCCAAUGAUGCCUGUGCUACCAGCUGGUGGCCCCGGAGCCGUUUCUGGUCCUACCACUAACUUAAAUAUAGGGAUGGACUACUGGGGAUCACCCGCAAUUGCUCCAAUGCGUGGAAAGGUUCAUAAUGCUCCAGGAGGAGUAUUAGUUUCUCCUGGGCAGAGCGUUCCAUCAGAACUUCGGCUUCAGGUUCAUUCUCUUUUUUUUCUUUUCUUCUCUGUGACGUUUUUUUUAUUGAACUGUAUUAGGUAUUUUAUACCCGAAUUGGAACAACCAGGUUAUUAGCUUUGCUCGUCAACAAUUAUCAGUUAUACUACGUGCAAACCGAGUUCUAAUUCGUGGUGUCUCUUUGAUACUAUCAUCUUCUUGGUAUUAACAGACUUGGGCAAUUGGGAAUUCAAUUUGAUAGAUUUUUACUGAGAAUGGAGUAUACUGUUCUAGUAGCGCUGGAAAUCAAUGCGUUUGAUAUCUGAUUGGAUUAAGACUUCCAGAUUUCGAGGUUUGGUUGUGUUCUCUUAUGAGUUGUUUUGGUUUGUCGAUCUGUGCACGUUUAUGCAAUUGAGAAGGAGUUGGAAAUGGUUGGAGCAAAAUAAUUCCUUUUUUACCUUUGUUUAUUUGUUCACCGGGAGCACAAGCUUUUAUUUCAUUGUUUACUUUUGGUUUUUUUCUACUCGACGUAUAUCUGUGAGACUAAAAUUCAGGUCAUUUAUUGGGUUUGGUCUUUGCCAACAGGUGAAGGAAUUGAUAUAUUGGACCAUCACUAGCUGGAAUGUCUCACGACUUAAGACAGAUUCACUUGUGAUUUUUAACGAGGACCCAUCUCUUAACUAGUUUGAUCGGCUAAUCCCCCGUCUAUUUUCCUAUGUUUGGCUGCUAGCGAACUACUGUUUGAUAUAAAGCGUGGUAUGAUUGCUUUAAAAUUUCUCUCCACAUAUUUUGUGGAAAGUCAUUCGCCCUUGCAUUUGAUUGCCCAUGUUUAGAUGUUUGGGCCCAAUAAUCUUUCGGUAUUUUCUUGAAAAACCCACCCAGGAAUUCAUCUUUAGCCUUUAGAUAACCUUUCGAUGGAGAGAAACUCUUUUGAUUCAGAUUGCUUUUGUCAUAUGCAUCUUGUAGAGGAGUUUAUCUAGUUGAAGGGUUUAAAAGGGAGAGGAUGGCAUAGAGAUUGCGUUGAUAUGUUGUACUGCCUGAGGACUGGUACAGAGCAUGUUAUCAGAUCGUGAAUCAUGUUAUCAAUUAUGUGGGAUUCAAUCUCCACUGCUCCCUCCCCGGCUUACUUCUAAGGUGAUCAAUACUAGAAUUGGGUGGCCUACACAUGAUCAAUUCCAAAGGAAGAUUUUGAUAAGUUUCAUUGUGCACAUCUUAUACUGGUCCUUCGGCUCAUUCUUGUAACCAGACUCAGAAGUGGAUUUUUGAAUGAGUAAAAGCUAAAAUCGCUAGAAUUAUCUUUAAAGUUGCCGUGAAUUCCAAAUAUUUCAGCUUGUCAUUUGUCCUUUGUCCUUUUUUCAGAAAUGAUGUGUUUGAUGUCUUGUCCUCAACUCAGGAUGAAAGGGAACUAAAAAGGGAGCGAAGAAAACAAUCAAACAGGGAAUCAGCCCGUCGAUCAAGGUUGCGCAAGCAGGUGUGUUGUAUAUUUCUCUACUGCAAAGUCUGGCAUCUCCCCCCUUCUACCAGUAAUAGGAUUUUACACAUUCUGUGAACUGCGGUGCUUAAUUCCUUGGAGUGGCGGAUUCAUGCUUUCCAGGCAGAGUGUGAUGAGUUGGCCCAGCGUGUGGAGUCUCUCCAGCAAGAAAACGCCACUCUUACAGCAGAGGUGACCCGUGUACGCAAGGAUUACGAACAACUUCUUUCAGAGAACAAUUCUCUCAAGGUAUCUAUCUGUUUACCUUCUCCCUGCAUCGGAUUGAAUCCUUCUUCUUAAUCUUCUCUGUAGACACGAGACAACUCUGUAAUGCUUGUGAUGUAUGCUCCAUGACGACAUUCUCAGGAAAGAGUAGGGCAGAUUACCAAAGGAACCGAAGAUUUGCAACAGAGUAGGAAGGAAGACGAUUCGGCUGGUGAUGAUCGGGAGGGGCCCGUGGACUCCAGCGCAGGAGCAGCACUAUAG